UCUUGUCUCAAACUCUCAAAAUAGAUUUCACUCAUAUUUCCGUCCUGCUAACCCUAUUCAGCCUUAUCUCUGCUGCCAUCACGCCAGCUAGCAGGUCUAUCUUUCGGAUGUACGAAUGGAUCCAGAAGUCCUUCAUGGUCUCUGUCUGCGUGCCGGCUCCAGACGAGCUCUACGAACAAGUACUGACCUGGGUUUCCGCCAAUGUCCUGAAGCAGCGGACGAACAGAUCCCUCUUUGCUCAGACAACAAUCCUUAGGGGAAACGAUAUGGACACAAAAGAAUAUGCGGAGUAUAGGGGUAGAAGAAAAGUCCAAAUUGAUUACCUGCCUGCCUUUAAAUCAAUCUGGUUCAUGUACGAGAGGCGGCCCUUUAUGAUCAGGCUGUCGCGCAGCGCGGUAAUCGGGAGCAAACUCAGGACCGGUCGCCGUAGGGUGAGAGGAAGGGAGGAAAAAGACAGCAAUAGCAAAGUUAACCUUACCGUAUCCUCGAUUGGCCGCUCCCAAGAACCCACUAGAAGGUUCCUUAAGGAAUGUCGCAGCUUCUCGGAGAAACAGCAACAAUCAACCGUGGCUAUACAUGCGUUUACGAUGUUCAGUUAUAUGGAAUAUGGCUGGGAGGUUAAGGCGCACAGGGCAACGAGACGUCUGGAUUCCGUUCACCUUGAUGAAGACGUAAAAUCCGACUUGGUGUCGGAUAUAGAGCAAUACCUCGACCCUAGGACUCGACAGUAUUACACCUCGCUCAACAUCCCUUAUCGUAGAGAAUAUCUCCUCCACGGUCCGCCUGGAACCGGCAAGACAUCGCUAUCAGUUGCAUUAGCGGGGGAAUUCGGGCUCGAUUUAUUCAUACUGGACCUGUCCGCGGUUCCAAAUGAUGAGGUUCUCGACCAAUUAUUCCAGGAGUUACCUUCACCCUGUCUGGUGCUUUUGGAGGACAUCGAUGUCGUGGGGCUGAAGGACAGGAAUGACGACGACGAAGAGGAGAAGAAAACAAAGAAACGGCCUUAUAUGAAGUGCACCCUUUCCGGAUUACUCAACGCGCUUGACGGGGUUGCCUCGAGCGAGGGACGUAUUCUGCUGAUGACUACCAAUCAGCCGGACCGGCUUGACGAGGCUUUGUUGAGACCGGGACGUAUUGAUCGAAAGAUAUAUUUCGGCCACGUUAACCAACACGGCGCGGAGCAAAUGUUUCACCGCAUGUAUGAGGCGGACCUAUUGGAAGAUGAUAUCGGCAAAGGUGGAAGCAUCGAAUCGCUCGAUAGCGUGCAAGAUAGCUUCUCCUCAAAAGACAUUGAAGGCGGCGAAGAUCUGUCGGCACUAGCUACGAGGUUCUCCAGGGAGAUACCGGCAGAAACCUUCACGCCGGCUCAACUCCAGGAGUAUCUUCUCCAACACCAGAGAGCGCCUGUGCGAGCAGUAAGCCAAGUGACGGGCUGGGUUGCGGAAGAGAAACGCAAGAUAGAGGAAAAGGAGGUCAAGAGUAAAGAGGGUAAAUCAAACGAUGAAGCGGCAAUCAAGAGACUUUUGAGACUUAGCGGAGGUACCUCGUAAUUCUAAACACAUUAUAGUUGUUGGGGGUAUGCUAUUUAUUUCUAGCUCCGGAGAGCCACCCAUCGAAACA